CUCAACCCUAUUCCCAGGCGCUUUGGUUUCCCGGAUCCGUCCUAUAACUUCCGAGGGCGUGGCUUCUCAAGACUUGCCUCUCCAUUUCCGGAACUUUGACCGGCUUUUUAAAGCCCCGCCCCAAACCUUAGGGCGUGGUCUCAAGCUGCGUCCCUCCUUCUCUGGAAGUUUUGCCGCGUUUUGGCAGCCCAGCCCUCGGUGUCCCACAGAUUCUGAAACUCCGCGCGCAACGGGAUCCGGCGGUGACCAGUGGGGUGCGGCGCUAGAGAAAACCUGACCUCCCCACCUCCACGGGAAUGCCGCGCCGGCCGCCGAGGGUCAGCUCCGGGAACAAGCCUCCUUCCGUGCCCGCCAUGGCGCCGGCUACCGACGGGCUUUGGGCCCACAGCCGCGCGGCGCUUGCCCGCCUGGAGAAGCUGCUGCGCUGCUCCCGCUGUGCUAAUAUUCUGAAGGAGCCCGUGUGCUUAGGAGGGUGUGAGCACAUCUUCUGUAGUGAUUGUAUAAGCGACUGUGUUGGGUCAGGAUGCCCAGUGUGUCACACCCCAGCCUGGAUCCUAGACCUCACGAUAAACAGACAGUUGGACAGCAUGAUCCAGCUCUAUAGUAAGCUCCAGAAUUUGCUACAGGACCAUAAGGUUUCAGAUUCAAAAGACGACACAUCUAGGGCAAGUUUAUUUCAUGAUGCAGAAAGGAAGAAGAAUUCAAUAAAAAUGUGGUUUAGUCCUCGAAGUAAGAGGGUUAGAUGUGUUGUGAAUAAAGUGUCAGUACAAACGCAGCCUCAAAGGACAAAGGAUGACAAAGCCCAGGAAGCCUAUGAAUUUGUUUCUGCAACUCCCCCUGUAGCUGUUUCUAAGAGGGCUAAAACAGCUUCUAGAACAUCUGCCAAAAAGCAUCAGAAAAAAUCCAUAGCUAAGAUGAACCGGGAGGGGAAUUUAAGACCGGAAACAAAGGAUAGUAGAUUUGAUUCCAAAGAGGAGCUGAAGGAAGAGAAGGCUGCCUCCUGUAGCCAAACACCAGUUACGGAGAGACCAUGGGUAAAUAGCGAAAUAGACUUAUUAGCAAGUGGCUCUGUUGUGGAAUCCGAAUGCUCGGGAAGCUUGACUGAAGUCUCUUUACCAUUGGCUGAGCAUAUAGUGUCUCCAGACACUGCGAGCAAGAGUGAAGAGACUCCGGAGAAGAAGGUCUGUGUCAAAGAUCUUCGUUCAGUAGGGAAUAAUGGAAAUCGUAAAGACUGCCACAGGCCCCCCACGUCUACUUCUAAGAAUUGUGGGAGCAAUGUUCCGAGCACCAGCAGAGACAUUGGUGAGCCAACGUUGCUUGCAGAAAACAUAGUGUUGGUUGACUGUUCUUCACUGCCUUCAGGCCGACUUGAGAUUGAUGUCACACUCAGGAGAAAGAGUAGCACAUCAGAUGACCCUGUUAGCCUUUCACCGGGUACACCCCCACCUCUGCUGAACAACUCAACUCACAGACAAAAGAUGUCAAGCCCCUCCACAGAGAAGCUGUCUUCCGGUAUUCCAGGUGGGAAAAGAAAUCACAGAGGAGAGACUUUACUUCAUAUUGCUUCUAUUAAGGGUGAUAUACCUUCUGUUGAAUACCUCUUGCAAAAUGGAAACGACCCAAAUGUUAAAGACCAUGCUGGAUGGACACCGUUGCAUGAAGCCUGCAGUCAUGGGCACCUGAAGAUAGUGGAACUUCUGCUCCAGCACAAUGCCUUGGUGAACACCACGGGCUAUCAGAAUGACUCUCCACUCCACGAUGCCGUCAAGAGUGGCCACAUUGACAUAGUCAAGGUGUUACUCUCCCACGGUGCUUCCAGGAAUGCUGUUAACAUAUUUGGUGAGCGGCCGGUGGACUGUGCAGACAAUGAGAAUAUAAGAUCAUUAUUGCUGCUGCCAGAGAAGAAUGAAUCAUUCUCAACCAGCCAGUGCUCUGUCGUGAACACUGGGCAGCGAAGGAGUCGGCCACUGGUACUGAUAGGCAGUGGGCUCUCUUCACAGCAGCAGAAAAUGCUCAGCAAACUCGAGACAGUUCUUAAGGCAAAAAGGUGUGCUGAAUUUGACAGUACAGUAACUCAUGUCAUUGUCCCUGACGAGGAGGCUCAGAGCACUCUGAAGUGCAUGCUUGGGAUUCUCAAUGGAUGCUGGGUCCUGAGUUUUGACUGGGUGAAAGCCUGUCUGGGCAGCAGAGUCCGUGAGCAGGAAGAGAAGUACGAGGUUCGAGGAGGGCCGCAGAGGAGCAGGCUCAACAGAGAGCAGCUGUUGCCAAAGCUGUUUGAUGGAUGCUACUUCUUCUUGGGGGGAAACUUCAAACAUCAUCCAAAGGAUGAUCUCCUUAAGCUCAUCGCAGCAGCAGGAGGCAAAGUCCUCAGUAGAAAGCCCAAGCCAGACAGUGACGUGACGCAGACCAUCAACACAGUUGCAUACCACGCCAAGCCUGAUUCUGAUCAGCGCUUCUGUACACAGUACAUCAUCUAUGAAGAUCUGUUUAACUGUCACCCAGAGAGGGUGCGGCAGGGCAAAGUCUGGAUGGCUCCUUCCACCUGGCUUAUCAGUUGUAUAAUGGCCUUUGAAUUGCUUCCUCUUGACAGCUGAAUGUCAUACCCAGUGAACAUUUUAACAUUCAUGGUUUGUGAGAACACGGCCUUUGUGAUAUGUUUGAUCAUUCAUGUUUUUAUGGAUAGGUAGAACCACGUUCUUUCCCCUUUGAGUUGCAAAAUAAAACAAUUGAUAGUAGAUUAGGAAUUCAUUUAGGUGCCUAAACUGCUGUUAAGAUUUCUUUUGUUCUCUUGAGGGUGGGGGGCUAUUACACAAGUGUCGUGGUCUUCCUCACCCAUGCAUGAGGCACAGAUUCCACACUAGGAACUUAUUUUACAUGUGGCCUGUGGUUUUUUGAUUGAUCAUGUCUUUCAAUAUCUAUCAAAGACUAAUGAGUGAGGUAGCAUCAGACUACUUGUUAAAUAUAUAUGUGGUCUAUCACUAAUUUAGUGUCCUCUAGAAAACAGAAUAUUAUCAUAUGAUUAAUUCUGCCCUUUUUAUGAUAAUGAGCAUUGUAAAUGUGCCAGUUUAGGCAUAAAGCUCUAUCUGGAAUUAUCCUUUUCCUGUUAUAUUUUAGUUUCUUGUCUUUUCUUGGUUUCUGUUGUUUGUGUAUGCACUAGGAAAUCAUGGUUCGAAGCCCUGGCUAUCAGCGCUGAGAUGAGCAGGGAGUUCCCAUGUGGGCUUACUGUGCGUGUUGCUGGCUGCCCGUGUGCGUCUGGGCGCACCUGUUUUCUCUAACUUACUUUAGCACUGUUUCUUAGAAGGCCUUGACAAUUUAGAACACUGUCAAAUGUCAACUCAUUAGAUUAGAAGCAAUCUGAUUUUGGUAAGUCUUUCUGGAAAUUACUAAAAUAAGUCUCUGAAUGCUUUCAUCCCUUUCCCAUUCCCUCCCU